UAUUGCACACGACACGGCCAGCACGGCAGCGGCAGCAGCACAUAAAAGGCGCGUCAUGCAAAGACACGUCAGUCAGUCAUCCUGCAGAGUCAGAGGAGAGGUACGCACCAGCUCAUUCUCCGUGAACCACCACCAUGCCUGAUCCCUGCUGCAACGACAAGUGUGAGUGCAAGGAGGGAAAAUGCGAGGCAGGGUGUAAGUGCACAUCCUGUCGCUGCCCUCCAUGCGAGAAGUGCUCGUCCGGGUGCAAGUGUGGUAGCAAGGAGGACUGCUGCAAGACCUGCUCCAAGCCUUGCUCCUGCUGCCCCUAGACACCCUAAACAAUCAUCGGCCAUCAUUCUCCACCGACAGAUACAUGAUUGGAUUCAUCAUUCAUUAUUACGAACCAUUUGUAUUGUAUAAUUGAUUGUCUCCAUCGUAAUGUUUUUUCUUUGUUUUCCAUGAAAUUGUCUUCGAUUUUUCUUUGUUUUAAAACAUUAAAAAACUAAUGUGAGCAGU